CAUAGAUGAUCGCUGGCUAGAACUAGAACCCGCUUUCAGUCGGCAACUGGCCCGUCGACAGAAGUUUGUACCCGUGAAGAAAACUAAUAAAAAAUGGCUAGUUUUCGAGCUGUCGGGGCCUUGUGCCGUCUCAGUGCUUUUAAAUUACCGAAAUCAAAUGUUGCACGGGUAAACAACAGGUAUUUAUCUUUGUCAGCAAGAGCCCUUGGGCAACAUGUCAACUUGACUGUUAAAGAUGGUGUAGGUGUAGUAACUGUCAAUUCACCAGGGAAAGUCAAUGUCUUGAAUCAGCCUGUUAUGGAGGAGGUGGAAUCAAUCUUGAAAGAGGUUGAAACGAACAAUGAAAUUCAAGCGGCUGUCAUCAUAUCCGGGAAGCCAGGAUGUUUCAUUGCUGGUGCAGACAUAUCAAUGUUAGAACGAUGUAAGACAGCUGAAGAAGCAGCAGCUUUAGCAAAAGGUGGUCAAGAUAUAUUAUUCCAGAUAGAGAAAAGCAAGAAACCUGUUGUUGCAGCAAUCAUGGGUAGUGCCUUAGGAGGUGGCUUAGAAGUAGCUUUGGCCUGUCACUAUCGUUUGGCAGUCAAAGAUAAGGCAGGGCUUGGUUUGCCCGAGGUUAUGCUGGGCCUUUUGCCAGGAAGUGGCGGAACACAGCGUUUACCUAAACUUGUAGGAUUGCCUAAUGCUCUUGACAUGGCUCUUACUGGUAAAACUAUUAAAGCAGAUAAAGCAAAGAAGAUGGGAUUGGUUGACGGUCUUGUUAACCCUCUAGGACCGGGCGUUGAAAAUCCAGAUGUUCGUACCUUGCAAUAUCUGGAAGAAGUAGCCAUCAAAACUGCCAAAGACCUAGCGAGUGGCGACUUGAAGGCCAAACGAGGACCAAAGAACUUAAUGGAAAACGUCAUGAAUACAGCUCUGCAAUAUGAUAUUGUCAAAGAUCAAGUCUUCAAGAAAGCCAAAGGUUCUGUAAUGAAACUUACUGGUGGUUUGUAUCCGGCUCCUCUUAAAAUCCUUGAAGUUAUUCGCACUGGACUCGACAAGGGACCUAAGGUUGGCUUUGAAGCUGAAAGCAAAGGAUUUGGUGAACUUGCAGUCACUAAAGAAUGCAGGGGUCUUAUUGGACUAUUUCAUGGACAGACAGAAUGCAAGAAAAACAGAUUUGGAAAGCCUGAACGCCCAGCGAAGACAUUGGCUGUACUUGGUGCUGGCUUGAUGGGGGCUGGAAUUGCACAGGUUUCUGUUGAUAAAGGAUACACAACAGUUCUGAAAGAUAUGAAUAAUGCAGGUUUGUCAAGAGGUAUAAAUCAAGUUCAAGCAGGUUUAGACAAAAAGGUUAAACGAAAAAGGCUUAGCUCCUUUGCUGCUGACCAAUACAUGUCCAACUUAGAAGGUACUCUUACGUAUGAUGGGUUUAAGAAUGUUGAUAUGGUUAUAGAAGCUGUGUUUGAAGAUUUGUCCCUGAAGCACAGAGUGAUUAAGGAAGUUGAACCCCAUUUACCAGAACAUUGCAUCUUUGCUUCUAAUACUUCAGCUCUGCCUAUCACCCAAAUUGCAGCUGCCAGUAGCAGACCACCAGAGAAGGUUAUAGGAAUGCACUACUUCUCGCCAGUGGACAAAAUGCAGCUCUUAGAAAUAAUUGCCACAGAUAAAAACUUCUAAGGAUACCACAGCGUCAGCAGUGAUGUUGGCCUCAAGCAAGGAAAGGUUGUCAUUGUGGUUAAAGAUGGCCCAGGAUUUUACACUACUAGAAUUUUAGCACCCAUGUUAUCCGAAUGUGUUACAUUAUUCCAAGAAGGUGUUGAUCCUAAGAAGAUGGAUAAGCUUUCUAAAGCCUUUGGGUGGCCAGUUGGACAUGCAACUUUGGCUGAUGAAGUUGGGUUGGAUGUUGCUAUGCAUGUUGGUGAGGACCUUGGCAAGGCAUUUGGUGAAAGAUUUGGAAGUGCUGAUAUUAGUAUUCUCAAAGGUCUUGUUGAUGCUGGAUUUCUUGGUCGAAAGUCAGGAAAGGGCAUCUUUGUGUAUGAAGCAGGGGUAAAGGAGCGACCCGUUAAUGAAAAGGCAGUAGAAAUAAUGAAGAAAUACUCAAAAGCACCACUGGGACCUCUGGGUGAUGAAGAUAUCCAACUUCGUGUUGCAUCCAAGUUUGCAAAUGAAGCCGUGUACUGUUUGCAAGAGGGUAUUCUGAAUAGUCCG